UACUUUUUGACGUUACGCUAUAGCUAAGAGAGCCGUGCAGAACUCGGGAGUCGUGAUCUGGGGAUUUCUGGGGUCAUGCAUUUGCCAGCCACGGUCGCGAUACUUGACACUCUGCUCCAAUGGCAACUGCUGUCCUCUUGUGGGAUCGUCAGGAGUCCAUCCCUCUGCAACGGCUUCUCUCCCCAGACGACUUGAUCAUUCUUCUGACUCCUGUCGUUGUGCCUUCGGCCCACCAGCCUGCAGAGUCUAGAGACCCCUUCGAGCCCUUGGGACGGGCCAUUGCCCUACACCACCCACUCGUUCGCCAUGUGCCCUACACGAAACGGGGCGGCAUCACGGGCACCCAUGCAGCCUUCAUUAAAAGGGGAAAGGUCAUCGUGUUCGUAAUCUCCGGGCCACCUGGGGACAACGAGCCGUCGCAGGCCGACUACGCCGAAAUCGCCGCUUCAGUCGGAGGCGAUCGGCCCCAAGUCAUCUUGGCCUGCUGCGACGUCCGCGCUUACGACCUCGGGCGGCUGUACAGGUUCGCCACCAUUAUCCAAAUCGCCGGCUUCACGCCUCCAGAGCUCGAGAAGGCCGCGGAAAUCAUGUUCGGGACUGGCCCUGGCGUCGGGACGUUGCCGCAGUCCGCGACGCGCAUGCCGGAGCUGAGCGUAGCACCGCGCAGCUGGACAGUGGAGACGUGGGAUCUGAACCGCGACUUGGCGGCGACCCAUGAGCUCUGGACGGAAUGCCUCCCUCGCCGGUUUCAUCUGCCACAGGGCGUGCUCGGUUCACUUCUCCGACGCGAAGGGUACGCGAUGCACUACGCGGUUCGCGAUCCCGACACGCGGCAACUCCUCGGGUUUUGCGCGACCUACACGACGUACCCCGACAGCAGUUCAGACAGGCUCGUCGGUUCCUUGGCCGUGCUGCUCGUUCGAGAAGGUUAUCGGGGCCGCGGCAUCGGGGAGAGUCUACACGAGAUGGCGUUGAAGCAGCUCCAAAGGACACGGGGAGUGGACCGCCUGCAACUCGGGUCGACGUUCCCACGGUUACUUUACGGCGUGCCUUCCGACAUGACGGCAUCGGAAGACUGGUUUCGGCGGCGAGGGUGGGAGAUGGACCAGAGGUCUCCGAGGCGACCGCCGGGCAUUUCGGACUGGCUGCUGAGCUUUGACGAGGUGCCUGGCAAGGAGUUAUCGACGGCCGGGCUCACAUUCCGCCCAUGCCCCGUGACCCACUUCAGCCAGGUGUUGGAAGCGGUAGACCGGGACUCGAUACGCAAAGGUAACGUGGGAUGGUACGAUCAAUAUGCGAAGUUGGGGAACACGAUGCAUUUAGAAGACGUCAUUUUGGGCCUCGAAGGCGACAUCAUCGUGUCCGUGGCCAUCGUAUACACGCCCACAUCGGGAAGUCCCAUAUUAGACGACUUGCCGUGGGCGAGAACGUUGGGCAGCGAUGUCGGCGGCGUGACCUGUGUGUGCAUCGUAGAUAAUAAUCCGGAAGUGGUGAACAGCAGAGACUCUAUAAUGGUCAGGUUACUAGAUACCUGCAUCAAACUAUUAAGCCACAAGGGCAUGAAACGGAUGUUCCUUGACGGAGUGAGAGGCGGAGAUGAGGGGUUUCAAUCUCUUGGAUUUCGGAGAUGGUCGAGGUACAAGGAGAGUUGGAGGCGGGUGUAAGGUAGUGACGGAGAGACCACUAGAAAGGGCAAAAAGAACACAAAGAAAACAUCGUCAACCUCGAAGCAACAUCGCCACAGUCGGGACCUGCUCUUAUGGAGACGCGGCGUUUGAGCCACCUCAUUGAAGGCCAAAAUCUCCAAAUGCGCAUC